UUGAUAUGCAUUAAUUUUGCACCACGUCUUAAAUUGUUGACUUGGGCUGAAUCCUGAAAUAGAUUAUUUGGAAUAUCGAGAAUAAAAGGCAUUCCAAAAAGGUUGAUAGAAGUAGAUGUUGAAAAGCUCGCUUGAUACGAAAGAGCAUUUACUAUAUGUAUAUUACACUAUAAAACAAACAUGGCGCAAAUGCAUAUACUAUAUACAAUUUGAGAAAUUUUCAGAAUCAUUUUCGACCAUCUCUUACACCCGAUGUUUUCCAAGUAGACCAUCUCGAAUUCUUUAUAGAUUUGUUGGAAAAAAUCAAAUAAUCGCGAGUGAACAGCAGAUGGUAUUGCACUAUCCUCAAGAUCUGAUCAGAAGCUCAUAUAGUGUAAAGCCAUUGAUUGAAGUGGCGUUGAGCCACUUUGGCUUAAUUGUGAUUGAAGUUCGGUAUCCGUACUGCUUUGUACUCUAGGUAUUGAUAUACGUUUCACUUUCGUGGUAGAUUUGGUGCCGGUGGACGUUGGUGGUUCGCCAGGCAUUGUGCAUUCAAAGUGCUUCACUACAAUGGUUAUAUUCAAACAUUUACAUGUGCUAACUUUUUAUCCAUGCAUGUGUGCAACAAAAAUUAGUAUUAAAGUCAUUUAUUUGCAAUAAUUAUUGUGUCUAGAACCUUUAAAUAAAAAAGUGAACAAAGAUUCUUCAAUUUUAAAAUAAUUUUAUUCCAAUAUUAAUAAUACACAUUAUAAAUAAUACAGGAAUCUUGAAAAACCUUAAUUAUCCUUAUGUUAAUAGUUAAAAUUCUCGAACAAUAUAAAUUUGUAUAUGCACACUGGAAAGUUUUUCUUUUUUCUCCCAAAUCAAGGGAAAAGAAAUCGGCAAAUCGUCAUAUCGGCCACGUUCCACAAUAAAAAGUCCAAUCGGAGCUACAGAUGCGGUGGAUAUCUCCAUGGAAAUUUGAUUUGUUUUCACACUUUUCACCUGACAAGCAUCUUCUGAGAUGCCAAAAUCUCGAAUCGGUUCUAUGAUAGGGGUAAAUAGCAGAUAUCUUAGAAAGUUUUAAAACAUAAUUCAAGUUGAUAACAAAAAUAACUGGUAGUAAUAAAUGUAAUUUUAACACCAAAUGAUCAUGGAAAUCCACGCAAAAUUCAAAGUGCUGUUGAAACAUCAUUAAAAGCUUUGGGAACGUCGUGCAUUGAUUUAUAUUUAAUUCAUUGGCCAGGAGCAUCAGGGAUAGAUCAUUAGGUAGAAUGCCAUCCACAAUACAGACAAGAAGAUUUAUUAAAAAAUUAAAUAAUAGACCAAUAAAACUUAAUAUAAAAUGUCAACUUUUGGAGAUAAAAUUGCUAAAUUGUGCUUUGAUAAAUAUUUAUCAUUAAAAAAGACGGGAAAACCGCAAGUCAAUGAAUGGACAGUUUUAGCUGGUAUCGUUUUAAAAAAAGACAAAGAUGACUUAUUAGUAGUAUCGUUGGCGACUGGAACUAAAUGUUUAGGAGCUAAUGAUUUAAUGAAUACUGAUUUAUAUAAAUUAGGUUCACGAUUGAGUGACUCCCAUGCAGAAGUACUGGCAAGACGAGCCUUAAUUAGAUAUUUGUACGAUCAAAUAGACCAAUUACUCUCUUCAGCAAGCAGCGAUGUGUUCGUUUUAAAUGAGAAUAAAAUAAUUGAAUUCAAAAAUAAUAUCUCUUUUCAUUUUUUCUGUAGUCAAAGUCCUUGUGGAGAUUGUUCUAUUAUUCCUAAAAAUAACUUUAACACUAGUGGUAAAGAUUUUUUGCCUUUAAAAAAAAUUAAACUAGACAAUGAAAUUAAUGUUGAUAAUAAAAACUACGAAACUAAUGAAAGUAAUCUGAAUAAAACUGGAAUAAAUACUUUAGUGUUUGAAGAUAUUUAUAGAACAGGAGCUAAAUGUCUUGAAACUGAAGUAAAACAAGAUCUUCAUCUCCCUGGGAUUAAUUACCAUGUAACAGGACCUUUGCGCAUAAAACCUGGUAGAGGAGAUCCGACUUUGAGUUUAUCUUGUUCAGAUAAAUUAGCCAAAUGGAAUUUCCUAGGAAUUCAAGGUGCACUGUUAUCGUUAUUAAUACCUACAAUAAAAUUAGAAACAGUUGUCAUUGGAAGUGGGUGUCCUUUUUCUCUAGACGCUAUCGAACGAGGUCUUUGUCGGAGAUUUAAUAAAAAAGAUUUUUUACCAAAGAUUUUGCAAAGUUCUCUAUCAUUUGUUGAUCAAAAAAAUCAAGAUAAAAUUAAUCCAUGUCCAUCAAGUAUUGUGUGGUGUGCAGUAAAAAAUCGACCUACUGAAGUAGUCGUUGAAGGUAGAAAACAAGGAGCAACAAAGAAUAAGAAGGGAAGUAAUUUGUUAAUAACUAGAAGAGAAUUUCUUAGAAGUUUUGUACGAAUUAUUGAUAAACAUCCAAACUUUAAACAUUUACCAUCACAUCCAAAGAAAAUGAAUUAUUAUCUUUGUAAACAGUGGUCUACUGAUUACCAAAAAUCAUGGAGCUGUUUAAAAUCUACCAUAUUUAAAUCCUGGACUAAAAAGCCAGAAACUUUACAAUAUUUUUCAUUGUGAUAAGUUAAAAUAUGUACUUUAAGAGAGAAAGGGCUUAAAAUGUAAAAAAUUAUUUUAAUAAUAAAUUUAUGUACA